AUGAUUUUAUACCUCUCUGCCGUGGCCCUUCUUGCCAUAAUUUCCGGCGUGGGCGGACUUUCGAAGACCUACCACCUCAAGUAUGUCGUGCCAGGAUUUAUCUCCACGGAGGUUGUUAAAGGGGCACACGUCCAGGGCAGAGGGCGGGCCAAGCUCCGCAGCAGCGCGCAAAGCUACGGGUACAGUGAGCAGCGCUACGGCUACAAUGGGAGCGGUUCGCUGGACGACAAGAUCGACCUCCUGCGCGAGAGAGUUAAAGCAAGAAAUAAAGAAGAGCCAGAAUUCCUUCAGGCAUUCGAAGAAGUCCUAGUGUCACUGAUGCCCUUAUUCAAAAGGAACAAUGUCUACCUGGGGGUACUGGAAAACAUUGCUGAGCCAGAGAGAGUAAUCCAGUUUCGAGUCCCAUGGGUAGAUGACAAAGGAGAGCAUAGAAUGAAUCGAGGCUUUCGAAUUCAAUACAGUUCUGUGUUAGGACCAUACAAAGGAGGUCUCCGUUUCCAUCCCAGUGUCAAUUUAAGCAUAAUGAAAUUUCUAGGGUUCGAGCAGAUAUUUAAAAACAGCUUGACGACGCUACCUAUGGGUGGUGGGAAAGGUGGCUCCGACUUUGAUCCGAAAGGGAAGUCUCCAAAUGAGAUCCUCUCAUUUUGCCAAUCGUUUAUGACGAACCUGUUUAGGCAUAUUGGCCCGAAUACGGAUGUCCCCGCAGGAGAUAUCGGUGUCGGAGGAAGAGAAAUUGGGUACCUCUUUGGACAAUACAGAAAGUUAAGAAAUUCUUUUGAAGGAGUCUUAACAGGGAAGAAUAUCAAAUGGGGUGGAAGUAACAUCAGGACGGAAGCUACUGGGUAUGGGGCAGUCUAUUUCGCAGAAAAUGCACUCGCUAAGAGGAAUGAAAAUUUAAAAGACAAACGUUGUGUUGUCAGUGGAAGUGGAAACGUCGCGCAGUACUUAGUGGAGAAGCUUCUUCACAAAGGGGCAAUCGUCUUAACUAUGAGUGACAGCGAUGGGUACAUCUUAGAAGAGGGUGGGUUCACCAAAGAGCAGCUAGCUUAUGUGAUGGAAUUAAAAAAUGUCAAGAGGGGAAGACUCAAAGAAUAUGCAGAAUGGUCCCCUACCUGCAAAUACGUUGAGAAAGGGAAACCCUGGGAGGUCCCAUGCGAUCUUGCCUUCCCUUGUGCCACUCAGAAUGAGAUUAAUCAAAGUGAUGCUGACCUGUUAAUAAAGAACCAAUGUAAGAUGAUCAUCGAGGGGGCUAAUAUGCCUACCCACAUUGACGCCAUGCGCUUAUUCAAGAAGAACGGAGUUGUGAUCUGCCCCUCCAAAGCUGCCAAUGCUGGGGGGGUGGCUGUCAGUGGACUGGAAAUGAGCCAGAACUCGAUGCGGCUGCAGUGGACCGCGGAGGAAACGGACCGGAAGCUACAAGCCAUCAUGAGGAGCAUUUACGAGCAGUGCGACGGCGCGUCCAGGCUUUACCUCGGCGAGUCUGACCUCGUCGCGGGCGCCAACAUCGCGGGCUUCCUGAAGGUGGCCGACUCGUUCCUCCAGCAGGGUGGUCUCUAA